AUGGCACCCAAGGCAGCUCAGAAGACUCCCACCACCGCCGGCAAGGCCCCUGCUGGCAAGGCUCCCGCUGAGAAGAAGGAGGCUGGCAAGAAGACCGCCGCCCCCUCCGGUGACAAGAAGAAGCGCUCCAAGACCAGAAAGGAGACCUACUCCUCCUACAUCUACAAGGUCCUCAAGCAGGUCCACCCCGACACUGGUAUCUCCAACCGUGCCAUGUCCAUCCUGAACUCCUUCGUCAACGACAUCUUCGAGCGUGUUGCAACCGAGGCUAGCAAGCUCGCUGCUUACAACAAGAAGUCGACCAUCUCUUCGCGUGAGAUCCAGACCUCCGUCCGUCUCAUCCUCCCCGGUGAGCUUGCCAAGCACGCCGUCUCAGAAGGCACCAAGGCCGUUACCAAGUACUCUUCCUCCACCAAGUAA